AUGGCUUUCCGACCAUACACUCCAAAGCCCGUCACCGAUAUCUUCACCAACGACACAGACAUCAACCGCCGAGAAUGCCGUCGCGUCGUCCCAAUGCGAGUCUUGGCUCUGGGCUUGGGUCGGACCGGAACCGCUUCCCUGAGGACGGCCCUGAAGGAACUAGGCUUCGACGACUGCUACCACAUGAUGUCUGCCUCUGUGGAGAACCCCCCGGACUGUCUCAUGUGGUCCGACGCUCUUGCCGCCAAAUACGACAAGAAGGGCCAUUUUGGCCGCGAGCAAUGGGACCAACUGUUCGGUCACUGCCAGGCGGUCUGCGAUUGGCCAGCCGUGGCCUUCGCGAAGGAGCUCAUUGAGGCGUACCCGGAGGCCAAGGUACUUGUCACUACUCGUGACGUCGACAGCUGGCACGCAAGCACAAUGAAGACGGUGCACUGGCGGGCAACCGAGCCAGAGCUCAAGAUGGUCUCCAAGUUCGACUGGGGAGCGGGCCUCUACCAGCCAAUGCUUUCAAGUGAGUCCUAAACCAACUUGAGCACUCCGCCAAACCGAGCUAACAUGAUGAUUGUAGAAUUCUGGACUGAGUUCUGGGAGGGCGACUUCGAGAAGAACGGCAAGCGCCGCUUCAAGGAAUACUACGAGGAGAUCCGCUCCCUUGUGCCAAAGGAGAACCUGCUGGAGUACAAGAUGGGCGAAGGUUGGGAGCCACUAUGCAACUUCCUCGAGGUACCCGUACCAAAGGGCAGGAAGUUCCCCCGCACCAACGACACAGACGGCUUCGUCGACCGCUGCCGGAGACGGAACCGGAUGCAAAUGCUCAACGUUCUCUUCCGAGCAACUGUUGUCGGAGGAUCGUUCGCAGCAAUCAUCUUCAGCGCCAGCAUGACCAUCAGGAGAUUCUUUGGCAGCCGUGGAAGUGUGCUUUCAUGA